AUGGAUGUGAUUCGACUCGGUGGAGGAGGUAGCACGCCAUAUCUAUCUAUCUAUCUAUCUAUCUAUCUAUCUAUCUAUCUAUCUAUCUGUGUCUGUUCAUAUCUAUCUAUCUUCAAUUUUGGCAUGCUAUUCAACUUUGUAUCUAUCUCAGUGUACGCAAGUCUAUCUAUCUAUCUAUCUAUCUAUCUAUCUAUCUAUCUAUCUAUCUAUCUAUCUAUCUAUGUUAGUCUGUUCAUAUGUAUGUAUUUAUGUAUCUAUUUAUUUAAGUAUGUUCUUAUCUAUCUAUCUAUCUAUCUAUCUAUCUAUCUAUCUAUCUAUCUAUCUAUCACAGUCUGUUCAUCUCUCUCUCCUUUUCUCUCUAUUUCUAUCCAUCAUAUUCUGUUUCUAUCUAUCUAUCUAUCUAUCUAUUUACUUUUUCAUUUACCAAUCAAAGGUGGUAUUAAUCUUUAUAAGAACUUUUUUGUUAAUGUCUGCCGCGCGGCUUCUUUACAGAAGAAACCAUUUUGUUAA